CCGGUUUAUAUAUACUCAUGAACCGGUUAGGAGAACCAAAGUCGGAGAGCGAUGUGGGACGAAAACAAUUAAUUAUUCAAAUUUGAUAAUUAUUCGUCAUCCUCAUCCGCCAAGAUUUUCGAAUUUCUAUAACUCUAGGAGGUUCGUCAAUGGCGACGGCGGGAUCAAGCUACAGUGUCUCAACAGAUCAUCAAGUUUCGUCACCUCUCGUGAAUCUAGGAAAUGUUGCUGGUGUUUGUAUAAUGAGCAAUGCAUGGAAAGUUGAACAAGAACCUUCACUGAUCAAUUUCAUAUCUGCGUUUCUUAGCGCAAACUCUUUCCGCCUUAACUUUGUCUCUAUCCCCCCUGAUCUCAUCUUCAAUUGUGGAGGUGUUUCUAUUGCUUUUGUUUUUGUGACUAAAUGGGAUUUUUCCAAUGUUGCUUCCAUCUUCAGCAGAGUAAAGAGGCUGAAAGGGCAAUUUGCGCAACUUUAUGUUGUUGCUACACUUUCAACUAAAGAGCAGAGUGAUUCUUUUAUGCGAUCUUACUUCCAAUAUGAGAUGGAGUUUGGGAAACCUGCGUUUGUACAAGUCACUGAUGCUGAGAUGGGAUUUGAGAAGAUUGUUAAGAUUGCUCACUCUCGUGGAGUGUGCAAGCAACAGAAGGUGGCCUCUAAGCUCAAGGUUGAGAGAAAGCGAACUGUGCAGGAUACAAACAUCUUCAUCAGAUUUGUCACAUCCAUACCCAAUAUUAACAAACAUGAUGCGAACACGCUGUACCAGGCUAUUGGUUCAAUUGAAGCAAUCGCUAAAGCAUCCAAAGAAGACAUUUUAGCAAACACAGAUCUCUCUUCUAAAAAGGCUGAUACACUCACCAGGUUUUUCCAAGAUCCUGAGUUCUACCUCAGUCCCAAAUUCAACUGACGACUGCAGAAAUAGUUUUUCUAAAGGUACCACUCAAAGACUUUUCGUAGUCCUUUGCUAUGGCUACAAGACUACAAUACAUACACCUAUAGGAGCCAGUACCGGGUAAGUAAAAUGGCUCACUUUUUUAUCUUUGCUAGCUCUGUCUGAAUACUAGUACUUUUAUUACAUCCGUUCCUGUUAAAGUGUUUAGCAUCUGAACUUUAAUCAAUAAAGAUCGGUACCAAGACUUUUUUUGAUGUUUGCAGUAACACCAAACUGCAUCGUGAAAACGUUUGGUAGAUUGAUUGAUAAGUUUGAGGGUUAAGCACAAUAAAUGACCACACUUGUUUUUCUUUUGGUUGAUAGUUACGGGUUUUUGGGUUUCUUUGAUCUUAAGCAAAAAUGACAAGCUAACAAAACCCAUGUGAAAUGGCUUUGCAUUUAUAAAUUCUUGUAUUCUUACUUAUGUUAUCCGGAUUUAAAAAUCAUCUACAUCACACAUUAUCUUAAGUAAAAGAUUUUACCCGCAAUUUGUGACAAAUCGAAGAAUUUGCCAUUUCUACUUGCAAAUUGAUGCAAAAUUCAUGUUAUGAAUAUAUUUCAAAAUUUAUCUACAUAAAGACAUAUUUUGUUAUAAAAAAAA